UCCAUGUGUAUGAGCGAACUGUAAACGAACACAGUCCUCAUCAGCCCAAGCAUUGUUUCCUUGUUUUCACCCUCACCCUUCACUCUUCAAACUGAAAUACUCGUCUUUUUUGCCUUGAAGGCACUCUUCUCUAUCCAAUAUGACUAUGGAGAAACAAUAUUUGGAUUGGGUACUAGUUCCAAUGGGGAUUCUUUUGAUGGUGGCUUAUCAUGUAUGGCUUCUCUAUCGAAUCUUAAAACAUCCCACCAAGACUGUCAUCGGCGUCAACGCCAUCAACCGUCGUUUUUGGGUUCAAGCUAUGAUGGAGGAAGCGUCAAAAAAUGGGGUUUUGGCAGUGCAAACGUUUAGAAACAACAUAAUGGCGUCGACUCUAUUGGCAUCGACGGCUAUCAUGUUGAGUUCCCUCAUCGCCGUUUUGAUGACUAACGGUAAAGGCGAUAGAUCGUCGUGGUUCAUAUUCGGAGAUGAAAGCGACCUGGCAUUUUCGAUCAAGUUUUUCUCGAUAUUGGUUUGCUUCUUGGUGGCUUUUUUACUUAACUUGCAGUCCAUCAGGUAUUACAGCCAUGCAAGCAUUCUCAUCAACGUGCCGGUGAAGAAGAUGUCCCACCACCACCACCACCACCAUCUCACGGUUGAAUAUGUAGCCAACACUGUGAACAGAGGCAGCUAUUUUUGGUCCCUAGGACUUCGUGCCUUCUACUUCUCUUUCCCCCUCUUUUUGUGGAUCUUCGGUCCCCUUCCUAUGUUCUUCUGUUGCAUUGCCCUUGUUUUCAUGUUGUAUUUUCUGGAUGUUACCUUUCAAUUCGGAUGGGCCGUUGGGGUUGUCAAUGACAAUGGCCAUACCGGUGACGAGGAAUUAGGAGGUUCAGUUCGAUCCUAAUCCCCGCCGGCGUUAAACUCGUUCAAUCAAAGUUGAAUCAAUUUGAAUUUUUCAUCAUCGGAAAAAUAAUCCCGAAAAGGGUUUUAGUCUUUCUUACACACCAAAAUGUAUUGAAGGAGAAUUGUCCCUUAAAAGAGGAAAUGAAAACUGAAACCUUGCUUUUC